AUGGCCGAGGGAAGGUUCGCUUCUGUUUACUCAGUUGAAGAAUUCAUUUUAGAACAAGAAAACAAAAAUACCGCUCAAAAAACUGAAAGAGAUGUAAGAUUGCUUGAAAGAUCUUUGAAAACGAAGGACGAAGGCAGGAAAAUUGAAGAUAUUCCAGCGGCUGAGUUAAAUGAAUUCAUUAGCGAAUUUAUUAUCUCCGUACGCACUAAAGAUGGCAACGAGUACGAGCCGACUUCGCUUCGAAGUUUAAUGGCCAGCUUCGAACGACAUUUGAAGAAAAAGGGCUAUUCUGCCAGCACAAUCAACGACAUGGUCUUUGAGAAAACCAGAAAAGCUCUUCAAUCCAAACAAAAGCAGCUAAAGAAGCAAGGAAAAGGGAAUAAACCGAAAGCAUCGGUAGCUUUGACAACCGAAGAGUUAAAGAUAAUGUACGAGAAGGGUUUGCUCGGUAUGUGUAGUCCUAUGAAAUAA